AGGAGCUGCUACAACCGAAAGUGUGGUGUUUUGGUUGCUCGCUGAGAUUGAUUCACCUUCACCUGUGCUAGCGCUAGUCGACCAGGUGGGAAACCAGACAGGCAGUAAAACAUGAACGGAAGAGUGGAUUAUUUGGUCACUGAGGAAGAGAUCAAUCUUACCAGAGGACCCUCAGGGCUGGGCUUCAACAUCGUCGGUGGGACGGAUCAGCAGCACUUCUCCAACGACAGUGGCAUCUUCGUCAGCAGCAUCAAAGAGAAUGGGGCUGCGGCCCUGGAUGGGCGGCUCCAGGAAGGUGAUAAGAUCCUCUCGGUAAAUGGUCAAGACCUAAAGAACCUGCUGCACCAGGAUGCGGUGGAUCUCUUCCGGAACGCAGGCUACGCCGUGGCUCUGAGGGUGCAGCACAGGUUACAGGUGCAAAACGGGCCAAUAGGACAUCGAGGUGAAGGGGAUCCGACCGGCAUUCCCGUGGCUAUGGUGCUGGUGCCACUCUUUGCCCUCACCAUGGUAGCAGCCUGGGCCUUCAUGAGAUACCGGCAACAACUUUGAAAACCUUGCUUUCUUCCAGGGCUCCCAGUGAAGAGAACAUUUCUUUCUUCUCUCAUCCUCCUUCCCCGCCGUUCUCCCAUAUCUUUCCCUCUCUCUGCAUAGCUCACAGGUGAUUCAAAGAGACUGCUUCCCAACCAGAACCUUGCUGUUCAAAAUCUGCAAGUCCUAGUGUUGUAAUGUCAGAGUAAAGGCAGUGUUUGAAGGAAAGCUGAAGAAAAAAGACUUGCUUAGAACAAAUGAGAAGUUCUGUAUUUCACUAGGGCCACCAAUAGAAGUUCAGCUACAGCCCAAAGAGGGGAAGGUCUAGUCUUCCCAUCACCACUGGUGAUACCUAUUUCCUUAGCUGGCGUGCCUCAAAGACCAGCUCUAUGAUAGAAGAGGUAGAGGGAAUUUUUUUCUUUUUAAUGAUCUUCCUUGGGAAGUUUUUGUGGCCUUUAUUUACUGUAUAACUACAUACUUGAGUGCCUAUAUCAAACAAAAUAUAAUGGGGAGAGCAUUUUUACUUUAAAAAAACUAUAUAUAUAUACACACACACACACAUGUAUACACAUAUGCAUAAAUUAUAGUGUGACAGUGAUGCCUUAUGGAGAGUUAAAGAGGUAGGAAGCUGCUCCCCCGGUGUCUAGGUUUCUGAUGUAACGAUGAUCUUAACUGAGGGAGUGAGAGAGUGAGCUGUACAGGAUGCCAAACCUGAAUUAUUAGAAAGAAAGAGAAACUGAAGCAACCAAUUAAAAAUCUUAGAAUUCUCAUCUCCUCUCAUAACAGUUAAGGUGAUGUGGAGAUAAAAUGCCAUAAUCCAUCUUUGCACAAGUCAAUCUGCUCAAAAAACUUUGAGAUUUAAAGGUAAAUCUUAACCGAUCUCUGGUCUACCCUAGUGACUUUUUUGAUGCCUCACAGUCCUAUUAGAGGAUCAGCUGAGUGACUGUGGUCAGAGCUGUAGUGAUGGGGCCAGACCAGGCCCAUGGAGGAACUCAGUAAUGAGAAAAGCUAGUGCCUCCAAGGUGGGACUGGAACCCUCUGAGGCCAUCAACCAGUCUUCCAGUUUCUCGCAGCAGGAAAAAUCUGAGAGCAGAGCUGCUUUCUGGCAGGAUGGGCAUGAAAUCAGCUUUGCUUCUGAUUCAGUUAGGUUUAGAGGGUUCGGAUUUAGUUUUUUUUUUUUAAAGGUUCCAAACACUAGUUAUGGCUUUUAAUGAAUGAACUACUUUCCAGGGAAGGGGGAGAAAAGAGAUCUGUUUGUUUUAGGGAGCACGGAAGUUUCAUAGGGAAGCGUUGAGAGGAGGAUACAGAUGAAUGGAUGCUGGGAAAUACUAAGGUUAAUAAUGAGGUGGGGAUGUCCUGGUUUGGGGGUAUUGAAGGUUGGUUUUAAAGCACUAAAGAAAGCUGAACCAAGGCUAAUUUCCUGGCUUUAAGAAAAUCAUUUCCAUCUUCCAAAUAUGCCAGCUAGAUUAUAGGCCUUAUAAUCUUGACAGGAGUACAAGGACCUUCCCUUAGGUAUCGGUUGUGUCAAAUUUUUAGCACAGAUGAUCUAGUUAAGUGUUUUACAAAUGUUGAUUGGACAUUAGCAUUGUUAAGACAUUCUACAAAGAAAUAAAUACACAUAGCUUCCAUUCUAAAGGGCUUUUUGGUUCCAGUUGGGAAGAGAGUACCUAUACACAUAAAAAUGGAAUUAGCUGCAUAGGCAGGGCACUGGGAGUAGGUGUCAAAUAUAUAUUGCAGGCACCUAAAGGGAGCAUCUACUGAGAAGUGAAACACUUGAGAAAGUUCCCUGGAGGAAGGGGACAAGUUUAAGGACCCUUGAGUAGCUCACAGUCUAGUUAAAGAAUUCUUAAGUGCAUGAGAACUUAAAAGUAUACACCAUCAGGUUAAAUAACAGUUGAAAACAGUUAUAAAAGAAAUGGUUAUAUUCAUAACAUAAUACAGUAAAAAAAAAAAAAGAUCUGCAGAGAGUCAUGACAUUUUUCUAAGGUGUUUGGAGAAAGAAAGUUGUUACCUAAUGACGUGAGGUCAGAGUGGAAAGAGAAGGCUUUUAAAAAUAAAAGUCCCAGUAAGAUUUUGCCUCUGGGUCAAAUAGUCCUAUAGGGAGAAACUUGCUUUGGACAGUGCUAAUGUGACUUACACCUUUGAGCCUGCCUGGACUGUUCAUUACCUUUGAGACUCACUUAGACCAUUGUACUUGUCUGUUCCACAGAGAAACACUGACAGUAUUUCAGUUGUCACCUCAACCCACCCUGCUGUGGAGGCACAGCCCUGGGGCCCUCCCUGUGUCUGGAGGUGUGGGCUGCCACCACAGUGGGCCUGCUUGCCCCCCGGACCCACCUCAGGGUUUGGACAGUAACUCUUGGAAGGACCUGAGGCAUACAUACAAAAUGAAACAAAAUGGCAAGCAGGAAGGAAAGCUAUUUUUAAUUUUUUAUUUGUUGGUAUAUGUAAAUAAAGAACACGUAUUCCACCAUUAAUAGAAGUUUUAUGUUGAUAAUAGGGAUUCUGAUGCACUUUAAAAAUUUAGGGUUUCUCUGGAUUUAAGUAGCAUUUAAAGUCAAUAUAUUAACAUUUUAGGCAGGUAUGCUAUUAUAUUUUUAUUUCUGAUUCUUAUCAUAGAUAAGAUUUGAGUCCAUUGUGGGUCAUUAAAAAAAUCCAUGCUGUUUAUAAAUUGAAUCUAAUAUUCCUGCCACUUUAUAGAUUGUAUCCAAUUAUUUCUACCACCUAAAUUACUGUGUUCAAAGCUUUAAAAAAAUGAAUGUAAGUAUUUUUAAGACUGUGUACUUAAAAUACUUCUAUAUUUUUCUGUAUUAUACAUGUAAUCCUACUAAGACAUUGUUAGCUUCAGUCACCUAUUUCCUUUUCCUGCCUGGUUUUCAGCUAUGCUCUUGGUGUAAUCAGUCACACCAUCUAGCCACGUGCAGUGGAAAAGGGAAAUUCAUAUUUGUUCCUGCCUUCUGUGCCAGGUACUGUGCUAAAACCCUGAUUGAUAACACUAUUUGUUCAUGCCUCACAGCUCUGAGACUAAGUAUUAUUAUAAAGACACUGAAGAAGAAUAAAGUUACUUUCCUGAGAUUGCAUAAGUGGUGAUAACAGAAUCAGAAUUUCAACUGAGGACUUCAGGUGCUAGCGUCAGUGAUAGUUCUUCACUGGCAGUGGUUCUUAAAGUGAGGCCUCUGGUUAAAAGCAUCAACAGCACUUGGAAACUUGCUAAAAAAAGCGGAUGCUUGGGCUUUACCCCAGACCUACUGAAUCGGGAAUGAGGCAGGUCACCCAGCAGUCUGUUUUAAUACUCCCUCCAGGUGACUGAUUCAGCUAAAGUUUGAGAAUCACUUCUGUAUGCCAAUAAUUGUCCCCAUUUUCUCAGAUUAGAAUUACCUGGAGAGCUUGUAAAAAAUCCUGAUGCCCAGGCUGCACUGAGGCCCAGUCAGUAGACUCUGGGUGUGGGGGUCAGGCCCCAUAAAACAAAGUUCAUUAGGUGACUAGUGUGCAGUAGCAGCAAAAAACACUCGAUGGGACUUUAACCUAGACACCGUUUAAGUUACAUACAGCAUUCCUCCAGUCAAAAUUGGGGAUUUCACUUGGGCCUUUUUAGAGGCCAACUCUGUGAGUGUCUGCCGUGAGUAGGGAUGUGGAAUAAGAAGUGGAACGUUCUUUGGCUUCUGAUUCGCUAAGGACUGAUCAGUCUCCAGCAAAAUGUAUUAGUGUUUCAGGUUGUGCAUCUGUUAAAUUUGAACCAAACUGUAGAAUGCUGGAGCAAAAGGAACUAGAAAGAUCUAUCCUAGAAUCUUUUUCUAAAUGAGAAAGUCGAGGCUCAGAGGAGUGAGCUAACUUAACCCAGAUCACAGACUUAGUUUGUGGAACAGGUGCUUUUUCUGUCUCAUCUUUAUAUCUUGAAUGUAUCCACUACAUGAACAUGUACAAAACUCCUUUUUAUCUCAAUCUACUUCCAUCUUCUCUCUUCUGGGUCUUUGAUAAAGACCAGAAGAACUGACUGACUGCCUAAGGGUGUUGCAAACAUGCAUAAUUGGGAAAUGCCACAUAAUCUGAGAAAGAUCUAAUAUCAGAUUCAAUUAAAUGAGUUCCUCUGAGACUAAUUCCAAUUGUUCUAGAGACGUAUGUUUUUUUGACAUUGGACAUUGUUUUUAUUGUGUAAAUAAGCAACUUCAGAUAUUUAAAGAAAUGAAGUAACAUAAGGAACACUAAAUUUUUAAGUAUGCGGAGGAGUGGAGUUGAUGUAUUUUCAUGUGGAGCCAAUAAAGAUUUUAUUCUAGUCAA